CGGAAUAUUAUCAAAUUUCCUCAAAUUCUACACAUAAUUGAAAUUGUUUUGUUAGCAAGUCUUAGUGUACAGGCACUCAUUACAUAUAUUGGACUUUAAAUGAUCCUUUUUUUUCUAUGCAAUGGAUCAUCUAAAAUUAUGUAAUUGUACAUGGCUGUCCUCUUCAGACCACAAACAAUACAGCUGCUACAUAGGACCGCAUACAACGAUACAUUUACUUCUAUAUACAAACAUACUGCACUAACUACAUUGUUAAGACUGUUUUCUGUGUUGUGCACCGUACGCGUAGGUACGCACUUCGUAUCCAUGUACAUGAAUCUAUAGAUAUCUAGAUUUAUAUUCCAACUCAAUAUACACAAUUUAUUAUAUUUACCUGGUUUGUGUCAAAUAUUAUGAUUUUUUCGGGGGUAAAUACUAAAAUACCCACUCUAGUUUAUAUGUACAUCUAUAUAAUAUAAAGUGAGCAUGUAUAUCAUGCAUAUUAUGUCGAUAUGUACCGCAUAUUUUGUAUAUCUGUUUAAUAUUCUUUUGUUUUCUUCGUCACUGGAGGCAAUAAGGAGAAUAAUGGAAGAUCUUAUAACACAUAUCCCAAGCAGUAUUUUGCGCCGAUGAACGACAAACAAACUCCCGAUAGAUAUACCGCUGUACUCCCUUUCAUAUAUAUCAUUCUUUCGGCUUUAGGAAUACUCGCUUUAUGAACUCGGAUCCCCAGUAUCCGUAUUUAUAAUAUAAGCAAUAAAUUAUCGUAAGAAUGACAUUAAAAUGCAAAAGAUCAAAUAAAUUCAAUAAAAACAAUAGCUGUACAAAGUCGUAAUGACAUACUGGUAAAACACUGGCAACAUGUACAAGAUAUUGUGGGGUCCGUGACAAUUAUUAUGUAGACUUCAGACUGCGAGAGGAAAGGUAACGUGUUCUAGUGUUUCAGUAUACUUUAGUUAACAUGUUGGUAGGUGUCUAAUUUAUAGGCUAAAUUCUAGUCCUGUUUAUAAAAAAACGACGACCAUCGAUCUUUUUUAAGAUGGUUCAUCGAAAGGUUGAUGGUCCCAAAAUCAUUUUGGACAGUUUUUGGUUUCCAUUCAUUUCCUUAUUUUCGUAAAGAAGGAAAAAUCAUAAAAAUGAAAAAAUAUAUUGACCACAAUUAAGCUACCAUAACCAGAAUAUUUCGAUGCCAUUAAAUAAUGACACUAGGGAGGAGAUUUAUAUUCCUGCUGUAAUUACCCAUUGCAAUGAUGAGGGUCAAUGCAGAGUGCUAAUAUCGUUUCAAACUUAUCAGGGCGCAUCGGUGUUUGAAAUACUAUCAACACGAAAAAAAGUAAGAAUACAAAACAUAUAAUACUGAGGGAAUAACGAUUUAUUGUAUAAACAGAAUUAUUACCGUUCUCACCUCCAUUUUAUAAUUUGCGGCUUUCAGCAUAUGUGUUUCGGUGAUACAAUGUUCGAUUCUUCCCCAUUUAAAACAUUUUUUCCAAAUUACGCAUCACGCAUUCUUUUGAGUGUUAUAUUAUAUGGAAGGUCUUAAGUAUUGUGCGGUAAUCAUUCUUCGUGGGGAUUUAUUUUCGUUGACGUCUUAGGUACUCUUAAUUCGCGAAUUCAUUUAUCCCUGAAUUGUUGAAAUUAACAUCGGUAAAUUUAUCAAAAACCAUGGAAAUUGGGCCACACAUAAAAUAGAUCAUUUUACUGUAUGUGUGACAAUUUAGCAUAUCCUGAUUAAAUGACGAUGACUACGGGGAGAGAUGAAGAAGAUGUUCAUCUGUCCGCAUUAAUAGAGUCAGACAAAGAAGAUGGAGAUAGAAUAGUAUGGUCCAAAAAAAUUGAAGGCAUGUUUUCCUUUCUGGGACUGUGUGUGGGACUAGGAAAUCUGUGGAGGUUUCCUUACCUAUGUAUGCGAAAUGGAGGUGGGGCGUUCCUUAUUCCAUUCUUGCUUUGCUUGCUUUUCUGUGGUUUCCCGUUGUUUUUCUUGGAAGUGAGUUUAGCUCAGUUCACAGGCAAAGACGCACUGCACACCUGGGAAGUCUGUCCAAUUUUCCGAGGUGUUGGACACGGAAUGGUCAUUGCCACUUUUGUGAUGACAUUUUACUACAACGCUAAUACAGCAUGGAUCAUGUUUUACCUCGGGAACUCCUUCAUUACCCCUCUUCCUUGGAGAAGCUGUGACAAUGACUGGAACACAGAUUUCUGUGUUAGUUCAAGGUCAUUCAACGCAUCAGAAUCUGCGACAAACUUCACACGUGGCAAUUUGUAUGACGAGACCAGAUUGAUGACAGAAAACAUUAGUCAUCAGCAAAAUUCCAAUGUGACUUUUCCAGAUGAGCUUAUCAAACAUAAAUAUGUUACAGCUGAAGAGGAAUUCUGGCAGUAUAGAACCCUCGAGAUAUCUAAGGGGAUAGACGUCCUUGGUCACAUACCAUGGCACUUAGCUGUCUGUUUCCUCGCUGCGUGGACGUUGGUGACUCUGUGUCUGAUAAAGGGAGUGAAAUCCAUGGGGAAGGUAGUGUAUCUGACUGCAACGUUGCCAUAUGUACUAUUGACGGUUAUCCUGAUACGAGCCAGUUUUCUUCCUGGAGCUACAGAUGGGAUGUUAUUCUUUUUAAGUCCCGAUUUUGAGAAAUUAAGACAACCUCAGGUUUGGGUAGAAGCUGCUUUACAAGUGUUUUACUCCCUUUGUCCGGCCUGGGGACAACUGAUGACAAUGGCUAGUUACAACAAGUUCCAUAACAAUUGUUACAGGGACUCCAUUAUUCUUACCAUCCUUGGGGAAGGUACCAGUAUAUACGGCGGGUUUGUGGUGUUUGCUGUGAUUGGAUACAUGGCUCACGACGCCAAUUUGCCUAUAGCUAGUGUAGUGAAAUCAGGGCCUGGUUUAGGGUUUGUGGUAUAUCCAGAAGCUCUAUCUAAACUACCUCUUCCAAACCUAUGGGCCGUGUUGUUCUUCCUAAUGUUGCUUUCUGUGGCUUUGGAUAGUCAGUUUGCUUGCGUGGAAGUGGUGAUAGCGGCAGUCAUGAAUCAUUUUCAAUCACUGCGGAAGAAGCAACUUGUAAUGACCAUUUGUGUAUCCAUGGCCUUGUUCUUACUUGGACUAUUCUUAUGUACACAGGCUGGGAUAUACGUCUACCAAAUAUUAGACUGGUAUGUUGCGGUGACCUUACCCAUCCUUGGUUUUAUCGAGUGUAUCAUAUUUGGAUGGAUAUACGGGGCCGAACGGUUUUCAAAAGAUGUGAACAUGAUGCUUGGUCGUCAAAUUCCUGUGUUUGUUCGGAUAUGCUGGUGUUUUAUAAACCCUAUCGUACUUUUGGUACUAUUUGUGUUCACAUUUGUAUCAUAUGAGCCCCCAACAUACGGAGACUAUGUGUACCCAUCUUACGCUAAUAUCAUUGGAUGGUUGAUAGGAAUGCUUCCCAUAGUACCCGUGGUUUUGGUUGGAAUCAUGACCGUCUUGAAAACCCCUGGACAGUCAGUGUUCGAGAAAUUUAAAGCGUCUUUCAAACCCUCACCAUACUGGAAACCGAUAUCUAAAAAGCAUGCGAUGGACUAUCACAUUGACAACAGCGCGGCGUCACUCGGACUCUUGGAACAGAUGAAACUAAAUAUUUUGGGGAAAUAGUGACUGCAGUUCUCGAAAUGGCUCAACAGAAAUUUGCCAACGGUUUACUAAAAUGAUUUCGAGCAGUUUAAAUUGAUUUUGUCCUAAAACGGAAACCGGAUUGACGACAACAAAUAUACUAGAGAUAGUAACUGUAUAUGAUACAUUACUCCUCACGUUGCACUUCGGAUCAGAAUAUUUGAUAUAUAGUAUUUAUCAAACCAUUCCAUUUGCAUGUACCUCUACGUUAAAGUGUACCUUGAGUGAAUAUAGAAACGAACACAGACUUAUUCCUUAUGAUCCAUAAUUUUAAUAUGGAGAUGUUGGCGUGUAAAGUGUACGAUUUUCACCUGUCCUACUCCUAAUUAGCCAAAAGGUGUCUCGCGCUGAAUGGGACGCUAUCGGCUAUGACGUCACAAGUACAACGACUGGUAGCAGAUGCCUUGGUCAGAAUAGUCGAGAUCGAAAAUAGCUACGUUAUGCAACAUCAGAUUUCAAAUGAAUGUUUUAUAGUUUGUUAUAAUAUGUUUAAUCUGUCUCUGUCGACACUUCCAGACAAACAACAACAUAAUAUCGUUUCGUGCUAUGAGAAAUAAUAGUAUGCAUGUGUAAGCUGUUUGCUUGUAAUAUAGUAAUACCGACAACCCGACUACAUAGAGUAAUGAAUGGUCAGAUAUUAUAAAACGUGUGUAUGUUUAUUCUCAGAAAUUACAUUUAAUUUAUUGCUCACGUGCUGAUGUGAAAAUUAUAUCUGCGUGUUAUCCAGAAUGAUGCAAAAACAGUUUUCCUAUAAUGUUACUGAAAGGUGAAAUAAAACGAAUUGAUUUAAGAAAAA